GGCGCGGCCGGCCCUUGGGCGUCGUUAGGGCGAAGGGAGCUGCCUGCGCAUAGCGACGGGAGCGGCGGCCGAGCCCGGAGAUUUCAAAAUGACUUCCAUGUUGAGCCGUGUUAUCAGAAGCCUCCCUGCUACUUCCACAUGGGCUGUCGGAUUCUCUGCAAGAUCCUUCAGCUGCUCCCCUCUGUCACAUGCCGCAGUCCAGCCCAAGAGUAAGAAAACCUUAGCCAAAAAUGGCGUGAAGAAUAUUGUUGUGGUCGAUGGGGUCCGCAUUCCAUUUUUACAGUCUGGCACCUCAUAUGCAGAUCUGAUGCCGCAUGACUUGGCCAGAGCCUCGCUGCAAGGGUUGCUGAACCGGACCAACGUCCCGAAGGAAGUUGUUGAUUACAUUGUUUAUGGCACAGUUAUUCAGGAGGUGAAAACAAGCAAUGUUGCUAGAGAGGCUGCCUUGGGAGCUGGCUUCUCUGACAAAACUCCAGCUCACACGGUCACUAUGGCUUGCAUCUCUUCAAACCAAGCUAUGACCACAGGUGUUGGUCUGAUUGCAUCUGGCCAGUGUGAUGUUGUGGUAGCUGGUGGUGUGGAGUUAAUGUCGGAUGUUCCCAUUCGUCACAGCAGGAAGAUGAGGAAGACUCUGCUCUCCCUUAACAGGGCCAAGACCUUGGGCCAGAGGCUGGCGCUGGUUGCUAAAAUCCGUCCUGAUUACUUUGCCCCCGAGCUCCCAGCUGUAGCAGAGUUUUCCACCAGUGAGACCAUGGGACACUCAGCAGACAGGUUGGCCGCCGCCUUUGCUAUCUCCCGUGUGGAACAAGACGAGUACGCCCUGCGUUCCCACACUUUGGCCAGGAAAGCCCAGGAUGAGGGGCUGCUCACUGACGUGGUACCCUUCAAAGUGCCAGGCAAAGAUACUGUUAUCAAAGAUAAUGGAGUCCGUCCGUCCUCCAUGGAGCAGAUGGGCAAACUGAAAGCUGCUUUUGUCAAACCUUAUGGGACUGUCACAGCUGCCAACUCCUCCUUCCUGACGGAUGGUGCUUCGGCAGUUCUGAUUAUGUCUGAGGAGAAGGCUCUGGCGAUGGGAUAUAAACCAAAGGCCUACCUAAGGGAUUUUGUGUACGUGUCCCAGGAUCCAAAGGACCAGCUCCUGCUGGGGCCAACGUAUGGUACUCCCAAAGUGUUGGAGAGGGCUGGUCUAACACUGGCUGAUAUUGAUGUGUUUGAAUUUCAUGAAGCUUUCGCUGGGCAGAUUCUGGCUAACCUGAAAGCUAUGGAUUCAGAUUGGUUUGCACAAAACUACAUGGGCAGAAAGUCUAAGGUUGGAGCCCCGCCUCUGGAGAAGUUCAAUAAGUGGGGUGGCUCCCUGUCUCUGGGCCACCCUUUUGGUGCCACUGGCUGCCGUUUAGUAAUGACUGCGGCGCACCGGCUGAAGAAAGAAGGAGGGCAGUACGGUGUGGUUGCUGCCUGUGCUGCGGGAGGACAGGGCCAUGCAAUGAUUGUGGAACUUUACCCCCAGUAAGAGGACAAGGAACUGCUGAAUGGAAUUGGACGUGUCCUGUGCCAGGCAAUGCCAUUUCAAUGCACUAAUAACGUAGCUGUGAUCCUUCUUGGAAAGGAUUCCUGGUGGCCUUUGUAAAUAUCUUCUCGUUACCCCAUCAGUGACCCGGAACAAAUUAACGCUCUGUCAAAUACACCACCAAACAGUUAGCGUGGCUCUUAGGCCUGUCGGGGCUCCUGCAGUUAACCAAAAAAACGGUAACUUUUUAUAAACGGGGUUUUUCUUAUGGAAGAAAUGAGUAAUGCAGUCUGGGAAUGUGAAGAGUUGUUCUAAACAGAGAAUUGCCAAGUAUUUAGUGUGUCCAUCUACAGGCGCCGUCUGUCCAGUUAGGGAUGUGGCUUAUCAAAGAGGAGGCGCAAACUGAGUUGAAGGAGGUAGUGUGUAUAAAGGAUGGUGCAGAGUCCAAACGGCAUUGGGAAGUAACUGUAACUGCUUUAGGUACUUGUCAGCCUCAAUAAACCAGAGAAGAAUUUGAA